AUGACGUCUGAAGUUACAUUAUCACAGAUAUUUACCGAACUCCAGUCGCUCCGCAAAGACUUUAGAAAUAUUCAAGAGUACAUUUACACCAACCUACCCCCACUCCAAAACGAUUCAGAAGUCCAUCACAAAGAAAUCCAACUUGUGCAACAAAAGGCACAACAAGUGAAUUUAAUUAAGGAAACUAUUUUAGAUGCACUUCCCGAUGUUACAGUGACACCAAUCAAAUCACCUCGAAAACCUCAAAGAAAAGAAAGACGUUGUUUGUGUGAUCAUGACAAAUACAAGAGUAUGGAUAUGAUCGACAGUCCUUGUUUAACAGGAUCGCCAACUAUAGAGGCUUUAGUGCCCACUGUCGAGGCAUCCACUCCAAUGGCAAAAACAAUUUCUAAAGCAAUUUCAAAACGACUGAAGACAAAAAUUUUCGACUCGCAAAAGACCAACAACAUCAACAAAGACUUCUUUAAAGCACUUGGAGGAAAAUCUGAUGUUGUCCUCUUUGUAGAAACUCUCUUCUUUGUUUUCGGAAGUUACCACAAAAGCCUUCCCGCAGACAGAAAGGUCCUGUGCGAAGAUCAAAAAGCGUUUGUCUUUGAAGAGACUUGUAACGAGACUUACGUCUACAAACAAGUCGACGGUGUGAAGACCGGCGCUAUGUUUGGUAACGACGACAAUCUCUUUGAAGUCAAAGACGCAUUUUAUUUGACAAACAACUCAUUCAAAAUUAUAGAAAAGUUCUAUCAGACUUUCUCGGAGUCAAAUAAAGCUUUUAAGCUUAAUAGCGGAGCAUUCAUACGGGUGACUGCAUGGACGUGCGACAAGGAUGUGUAA